UGGGCAACGUACACAAUGGUCGUUAAUACGAUUUCAAUGGUGUUUCCUAGCUCAUAAAAAGUAUCUCUGGUGUCAUACACCACUGUUGGAUGAGAGCGUUUUGUGAUUCUCGCAGUGCAGUGUGGGAUCGCGGAGGCGCAACCGACCGAGAGAAAUGGAUGUGUUUCUGAUGAUCCGGCGUCACAAGACGACCAUCUUCACUGAUGCCAAAGAGUCCACUACGGUCUACGAGCUGAAGCGCAUAGUGGAGGGUAUCCUAAAGAGGGCACCGGAGGAACAGAGGCUGUACAAGGAUGACAUGUUGCUGGAGGAUAGUAAGACUCUUGGAGACUGUGGCUUCACAAAUCAGACAGCCAGACCUCAAGCCCCAGGGACUGUUGGAUUAGCUUUCCGUCUCGGUGAUGAUGCAUUUGAGCAGCUGAGGGUUGAGCCCUUCUCCAGCCCCCCAGAGCUUCCUGACGUCAUGAAGCCUCAGGACUCUGGCAGCACAGCCAAUGAGCAGGCCGUGCAGUGAAGGAAGGAAGGAGGAAGGGAGGGACAUGGGGGGGGGGGAUCUGGGAAGUGGUGCUUUGGAUUAGGUAGGCCGGCUUUACAGACUGCUUUAGGGUAACAUGUGAGUGUACCUGUGAGAUCUUUAACUUUGCAGGAAGAACAUGAAUUCCCUCUCACACAGGAGUAUUUUCAUGUUAUUCCUGAACUAGGCUCACGCAUGUUUAGAUUCACCCAUAAGAUCCCUCAACAAACAUGUCUAAUUUGUCAGGCCACUGUCAGUAAGGGGGUUGGGAAAAAUUGAAAAAUGAUUCAUACCUCAUUUAAUUCAUACUAGUCUUUUGGGGAGGGUGUAGCCUGUCUUUUGGCUAUGGUGGGGAUUUGCGAAGGGAGUGGCUAUUACAUUUUUAGAAUGCCCUCUUGCUGAUUGCAUUAUUUUUCUUUCUUCAAUAUUAAUAUUACAAUUUAGCGUUUUUUAAUUACUCCUUGGGGUGGUAGUAUGUGGCGCAACAAAGGGUUUGUGAGUUAUUAGCUUAUCUAGAUAACAUAUGCAUGAAUGGAUCUGAAAUAAACACACAAACAUGUUGAUGCCAUGACAUAAAAUGUAUAGCAGAACACAUGUACUUGCACACGCACACACGGAUGGACACGCGCACACACACACAGAGAAUGGUGUGAAGAUUUACAAUCAUCAGUUUUUAUUUCGGUGUGAAGGUAUUAAGCUUUCCCCACUCUGGUUUUUGUUUGCUUGUUUCUUUACUUUUGAACCUUUGCACUGGAGUUCCUGUGUAAUUUUGUUUCUCCUUGAGUCUAUACAAAACUGUACCAAUUUGACCCCUAUCCCCCAAAUUACACCGGUGGGGGGGGGGGGGGGGUCUGAAGUGUAAAUGGAAAACCUUCAGUGGAAAGAGACAGGAAUCACUAAUCUUUUGUGAUAAACAAGCAAGAAGGUACAAAUUACUGUUGUUGAACUGAAAUAGGUGUAAACUGUCUCAAUUUGAUUCAUCAACCUGACUUUGGGGUGGUUGUCAUGCCCUUUUUUAAGAUAUGAUGGAAAUGGUUCACCAACGAGCUCUUUUAAAACAGGACUUUAUGAAACAAGCAACACGUGUAAUUGUCUUGAGUUGACAUAAAAAAAAAACAUUUUCUUUGUCACCUCCUGUGUGGUAUAUUGUUAAUGGACUCUGUGAAAUGCUUUUGUGCCAUUCACUUUACUUGGUAUUUAUCAUUCAUAUGGUGAAAUAAAAUCAGCGAAAUUUGAAAUUGCCAAGAUUGUAUGAUAGUGUAGUGUUAUACUACAGCCAGAAAGAGGUGAGCACUUGCUUAAUCUAUUAAACUAGCUACAGCAGGAGAAGAAUGUGUUUGUAGCAGGCUGGAUGAGAGCCAGUCAAAAAUGUAGCUAGCUCAUUUAUUUGGAUAAAGGGUCAGGUAGGUAACUUUAUUAAUCUACACAAUUGAGGAUGAAGUGGAUUAGCGAGUUAGCUAUAACAAUAAUAGCCCAUUCAUUAGUGACCUUAAUAUUUGUUAAUAAAUUACCUUGGUAAAAUGUUUAGAUGGCUAGCUAGCCUGUACUUUGUAAUUUAGUGUGUUGGCUGAACAAGCAUGGCCUUUUGCA